GUGUAACAGAAUGACAGAAAAGAAACACUAUAUAAGGUACUUAAUUACUUAGAAAAUAUUUCUGAAUUUAAGCUGUCACUAAGCAUGAACAUGAAUCAUCAAUUAUUUUACGAACAAAAGCGUUACCUUAUCCACAUAGUUAUCUACAGUUAAAAAGAGUAUAAAAAUGUAUAUGUGCCAUUUUUAGAAGAAAUGUAAUUUGAUAAACUAGUCUUUGGUCUCCUCUUUUUUAGUUAUAUUUUUCUAGUCUAUUUUAAUUACUUUAACUGAAAUUGCCUUUUAAUCAAUAUCAUUAAAGCAUUUGUAACAUAGAUAAUCCCCAGCAUGAAAAUAUAAAAUGCUCUUAAACUCUAAAUCAGACUGAUCGAUCAGGAAAACUCAAGUUGGAAGAGUUUCUUAAGCUUUGGAUGGAUAUCAGAAUGUGGAAGAAUGUAUUCAAAACCUAUGACAGAGAUGAAUCAGGGUUUCUCAGUACCCUUGAACUCAGAAUGGCACUAAAUUCAGCAGGGUAUCGAGUAAACAGUAAUAUUUUGCGGACGUUGGUCUUAAGAUAUGGGAAGAAAACGCAGAUGGGAUUUGAAGAAUUUCUGAUAUGCACUGUGAAGCUGAAGAGUAUGAUAGAAUCUUUUCUUGAAAAAGAUCCAAGACAAACUGGAUGUGCUAACUUCACAUUAGAGGAGUGGGUGGAGAAGACCAUGUACAACUGAAAACCAAACUGUGCCAGGUUACUAAUUUGAAGUGUGUGUUGACCUCAGAUGUCCAAAAUCAUUUUAGUUCUUCUUGGCCUAGCAUCGUUCUUCCACGUAACCAAGAUUCUUUAUGUUUUCAAGAUAAUUUUUGGCUUUUGUGCUUUCCAUGUAUCGCGGCACAUAAGUUGACCCCUAAAUCUAGGCUAAAAAAUCCUGUAAUUCUCUGAUCACCAUCAUAUAAUUCUACCCCCCCCCCCAAAAGAACAACAACAAAAAUUA